UGCUGACAGACUGCUGAUAGAUGGUUAAAAAUGGCGAAAUCUCGUUCGACCCCUGCGACCCACCACCUCAAUGUAGCACUGUAGGUCGGAACAUGUAGUAUCUGAAGCUGGACGUCUGCGCUCCUUUCGCUCUUUUUUUUUCUUUGGCCCGUGUUUGUUCAUCUCACGUUGUUCUCUGCGAGUGCUGGAAUAUCUUCCGUGUUUAAAUGGCACCCACAAGGCGCCGCCGCCUUCUGUGCUUUUUGGGAAUACUCCUGAACGCUUUAAUCGGUGUGAUGUGCGAGGCAGAGCUGUCCUUCACCUUGGAGCCCAGUGACAUUAUUGCUGUGCAGGAGCAGCCUCUCAUGCUCCACUGCCAGGUGGAUGGCAUCCCCCCGAUUACGACACAGUGGAGGCGUAAUGGCCUACUUUUAACUCAGGACCAGCAUCAUACCACCUUCAUCAAUGGCUCGCUGCUGAUUGCACACUUCCAGAAGACCAAAUCUGACGGCUCCUCUGAUGAGGGCGACUACGAGUGCAUCGCCCAGAAUUCCUUUGGGUUGGUGGUGAGCCGUAAGGCACGCAUUCAGGCAGCCACCAUGGCAGAUUUCCACGUCCAACCCGAGUCGGUGCACGCUGAGGAGUCCGGCGUGGCCAGAUUCCAGUGCCAGAUUCACGGCCUGCCAGAGCCGGUCAUCAGCUGGGAAAAAGACAGCCGUCCAGUGGACACCAGUAAUGAGAGGUACACUCUCCUGCCCACAGGCGUUCUCCAGAUCACAGGAGUGCGUGAGGAGGACAGUGGAAGGUUCUGCUGUGUGGCUCAUAACAGUGCAGGAGUGAAACACAGUGCUGAGGCACUCCUAACAGUUUCCGGCUCUCAGUCAUCUGUUUACAAAGAACCUGUCAUCGUGGUCGGUCCAGAAAACCUAACCCUCACUGUUCACCAAACGGCUAUCUUGGAGUGUGUUGCCACUGGAUACCCUCGGCCCAUUGUGUCAUGGAGCAGACUAGAUGGCCGUCCCAUCGGGGUGGAGGGAAUCCAGGUGCUCGGCACAGGAAACCUGAUGAUCUCAGAUGUUGGUGUGGAGCACUCCGGGGUCUACGUAUGUGCCGCUAACAAACCAGGGACCCGUGUGCGCAGGACUGCUCAAGGACGUCUGGUGGUCCAAGCUCCAGCAGAAUUCGUUCAGCCUCCACAGUCCAUCGCCCGCCCCGUCGGCACCACCGCUAUCUUCACCUGUCAAGCGCGGGGUGAGCCUGAGCCGCAGCUCACCUGGCUGAAGAACGGGCAGAUUCUGGAGCCUGGGGGGCACGUCAAACUCAGAAACAACAACAGCACACUGACAAUAUAUGGCAUCAGUCAGAAUGACGAGGCUAUCUACCAAUGCAUCGCUGAGAACAGCGCGGGCUCUACGCAGGCCAGUGCCCGCCUCACGGUGCUCUGGGCUGAUGGACUGCCUGGCGUUCCCACCCACGUGGAAGCAGAGGCCCUCUCCCCCACCACCAUACAGGUGUCCUGGAGGGAACCUGAUAAAAACACUCAGGACAUCAUCGGUUAUGUGCUCCACAUCCGCCGGACCUCAGACCCGGCGGAGAUGGAAUACGAGGAGGCUGUCAGUAAGGUCACGCUGCAGCAGAUCAUCCGGGACCUGGAGCCCUCCACCAAUUAUACCUUCUAUGUGAAGGCCUACACAUCCCAUGGGGCCAGCAAACCUUCGGACAGUGUCACAGAGAGCACUCACGGAGAGGUGCCAGCUCCUCCUUCCCUCUACACAAAGGUGGUGAACGGUAGUGUUGUACAAGCAACAUGGGAGUCUUCCUCCAAGAUGGGCCAGCCUCAGGGCUUCAGACUGUAUUACAGGAGAGCGCACACACCACUGUUCACUGGGCCCAUCGCCUUCCCUCGCAACGUCACCCAGUACAACAUCACUCAUCUGGACUCCUCACUGGUCUAUGAGAUAAAGUUGAUUGCUCACAACCAGCAUGGAGACGGGAAUGCCACCAUACGAUUUGUUUCACUUCGGGAGGCAGUGGCCAAAUCAGUGUUGGACGGCCCGUGCGACUGUGUGAAAGAUGAGCAGGGCAAAACAUCCACCACGGGCAUCAUAAUCGGCAUUCACAUCGGCAUUACCUGCAUCAUCUUCUGCGUGCUUUUCCUCGUCUUCAGCUACCGUGGCAGAUUAAUGAUGUGUAAGACAGUUCAGGCCACCCCCCAGGCAGGGAACGGCGCUGCUGUGGACUCUUCUUCGUCUUCCCAGGGAGCCUCUGGGCUUAACGGGGCUGCCAGAAGAGAGAUGGAGGUCAAUGGCAGCGCGGCGAGGAAGAAAGCGGUUGACAGCAAUGAGCUCGAGAGCCUUUUCAUGCAGCCGAACACAAGAGAAAUGUGCAUGUCUGAUUCCUACAUGCUGAAUAACACCCAGCUGUCUACGAUACCGCUGGAUGAGUUUGCCGUGGAGAGGGAAACCCAAUUCCGAGAGACUCCUGUAGCAGGAGCAGCUCAGCAGGACCAAGGCUAAUAAUGUAUGAAGGCCAAUUCACACGACACUGUCCAGUGUCCACGCAGACUUUUCUCUCACUCAGGUUGACAGAUUGUUGUUGUUUUUUCAAAGUCGUCAUUCCUUUUGUGCAAAGACUUUUUUCUUUUAUAAAGGAGUUCUGGAGGAUCUAGGACUGUAUAUCUGAAGCCCGAUGAAUUUUUAGUUUUUGUUUUGGUCUUUGGUUAAUUUGCUGGUGUUGGGCAGCACCUAAGACAGAGGCCCCAGAAUGUCCUUGUUAUACAAUGGUUUUAUUUUUAAGUUUAUAAAUAUAUGUAUAUAUAUAAAUAUAUACACUAUAUCUUUAUCACUUAUAUGUCAAAGCAGUUAUAAGUUAUUGGUCUUAUCUCUACUUUUCUGUGGAUGUCAAAGACUCCUGCUGCCUACUCUCACCUACCAAUGAUUCCACCUUCUUGUUCACAGAAGAUCUCAGCCUUCUUCCAGGGAUUCGAUAUAUUCUGCCUCAGGACUUUGUUUCAGUGAUUUCGAAAAUUUUUUUUAUGAGUUUUCGGCCUUCAUGCAGGCGUUAGACUUGGCUGCGUGAACCUUGCGAUAGAAAGAAAAGAAAGAAACCUACCUCAGCCGGAAUGAAUGUGUAGUGGGAAGCUUUUAGGGACUUUACCUUCCCCUGAGCUCACAGUUACUUUACAUGCAGAGGAAUUGGUUUGGAAGUGACAAAAUCAGGUGCCGCUCUACCUCAGAUGUCAAGAAUCAUCUCUCUUCUCCUGCUUGUCGAAGUAAAACAGAAAAAUAAAGAAAACAAAAAAAAAAGUAUCCAACAUAAAGCACUUCCAAAUGCUGAAAUUAAUGUUCUACCUCAAGAUAACAAUGUUAAUGUUGUCGCUGUUGUUGUUGUUUGUCUGUUUAUUGCAUAAUGAAAAACCCUCUUUUGGCCCUUUGUGAAGUCCUGGCUUCCCUCUGUUGGUGAAUAUGGUGUUUGUAGAUACAGCAUCAGUACCUCAUGCAAGCUGACAGACUGAUAACAUGUUGUACGGUUACGGUGUGUUGGAAAUAUGUAUGAAUUAUGCUAAUCUAUUGUAAGCCUUUUGAUAGAUUUGACUUUAUUUUAAAGAUUGUAAUUUCUUUUUUCCACCGUAGUUGCUUCAGUUGAAUGACAAGGCUGUUAGAGAUACACUGCAUUGUCAAUGACAUCUUAAAGACUAACUGUGCAUGAGAUGAGAUGUCAUGUGUUUUUAAAAAGAUAAAGCUAAAUUGAGCACAAAUGUUAACAGAAAAUGGCCCGUGUCUGCGAAUAGUUUGGAUCAUAUUUCUGGAAAAUCUGCUUAUUGGCUUUCUUGUUGGCAGAUGAAACCGCUCUCAUUUGAUCUUUCUCAGUUUUAAGGUCAUAGCUGUUUGGCAAGUAGCCUAGCCCUAAUUCCAAAAUUGUUGUUAACCAUCCCCGGUCUCUUAGACGCUUAGAUGAGCUAUUAAAAAUCUAAAUUCUCUAACACAUGCUAUUAAAUAUAUCUUUUUUUUAAUAUGUAAAAAAGCCAAAGCUUAAAAACAACUAUUUGGAAGAGAUUUAUGUAUUAAAUGCACGUAUGUGCUAUUGCUUUUAUUUUGUCCUGUUAUCUAAUAUUUAACUGUAGUUUUGACAACAGAGAUAUGAGAGCGGUAUUUGACCUCUGGAAAGAAAGCAAAAAAAGCUCUAAUUUUUUUUUUUGACAGCAGUGUAUCUCUAAACUUUUUCUGAAUAUUUGUGUCAGCAUCACUUUCUUAUUUUGUUUUCACAUCACAUUUCCAGCCUCCUUCACGAACGCAGCAGUAGCCUUUUAUUUCUCUUCUGGUGCCCAGUAGACGUAACAGUUGCCGGUUAAGCUCGUUUACUGUUACUCUUCUCAAAACUAUACUUGCUGCUCGGCCUUCUCCCUCCUGUCAACGCUGACUAUGUGCUUCAGGUGCUUAUAAUAUCUUUGAAUGCUGACGAGCACAGACAGAGAGCUGGCUGAGGGAGAUGGACGGUUGUUGGGUAGCUAAACAAUUACAGGGCUUUUCUCUCGCCGGCUCUCUGCUCAGUGUUGUCAUUUGCUGCACAAGUACUGAUUUGAUGCAUUAUGGUUACCUACCUCAAUCUUGUUGUUGGCCUUUCUCUCAGGUCUUAAUGAAGGACACGUACAGAGUAUAAACAAUGAACUUAAUGUAUAUAUAUAUCUACAGUCGUGUGACACAGUAAGUAUAUCUCAUGGAAAUUGCUAGCUUUUAUUACAUACUGGAGCAAGCAAAAACCAGGUCAUCUUUGAAAUAAUGCCUGAAGAUAAUCGCUCAACUUUUUGCUGAACAAAAAUAGCAAAAGAAGUUAAGCUUAAAAUCAAAUACAUCAGAAGCUAGUGUUGCCCAAUAUAGCAGUAAUUACAUCAUGUAAGCCACCUGCUCAGUUUUAACGAGGCUCUUCACCUGAAAAGCUGCCUGUUAUCGGCACCCUAGCAGGGCCUGCUGUGAUUUUUCUCCAGAGGAUGUAUCCGGCUCAUUCUCCAGCCUGGAGUAACAAAUCUUUGUGCAGCUAUUUCUGUGGCGAGUGCUUAAAGCCAGAGAGAGGAGCGCUCUAGUGCCAGAGAGCCUUUUUGUAUUGCGGCUUGUGAGCUGUGUGUCUGUGGCUACUUGUGGUGCGUCUUAGUUGAAUUCCCAGGUGGAUUUUUCAACUGGUACGCCCCCCUUAUAGAUAUCACCUUUAUCUACAGGCAUUGUUUCCUAAGGGACCAAAUGUUUCCCCCAAUAUGUCAAAAGAUCAAUAAAUUCACACGACUGUAUAAUAUAAAUACAUAAAAAAUUGCAAUUGGCAAAAUAUGCUGGACAGACAGAGUCAAUAGAAACAGACACAAUAGGAGGGGGAACAUUUUAGGACCUUUAUGUUGAGCACUAAUUAUUUAAGCAGUUCAAGUUCAUGCUUAAUUUGUAGUGAUUGUUACUUUUAUUACUAGCACAUCAAUUUUUUUCGGUAGUGAUUUACUUUAUGUCUUCUCUAGACAUAAAUAAGUUUAACUGAAUCAAAAGUGGGUGGCACGUACAACUCGACAUCAUGUACACACAAAAAAAACCACUUUCAGACCUCUUUGGUGCAUCCAGGUAUGGGAUACUGUAAACAGUAAAAUGCUGACACUAGCACUUUUUUUAUGAAAAUGAGCUUGUCAUGUCUCUGCUGCCCUAAGUAACUAACAUUAGUGUAAGAUGAGUGCAUUUAAUAUCAGCAAACACCUUUGAUUGAAUCCAUGGUGUUGAAUGCAAAAUGCUUCCUGGUGCUACUCCUCAGGCAGCUUUGUGUUAUCCAUUCAUCAGCCUUAAUAGUAAGAAGCAUAUUAACAGCUUCAUUUCUGACAGGUGGCAGGGCAUGCAAUGGUUUAAAGGUCACAGCAUUUUUGAGUCCAGUGGAGCCAACUAAUGCAAAAUGACCUGUGUUCUACUUAUGCAUCAUACAUACAGUGUAGGAGUACUUUUGAAAAGCAUGCACCGUCUGGUCCUCCACCACAUCCAAACUGAGAGCUGUACGUGUCCCCACAAAAACAGUAACUCACCUGUCAUUUUAUUGUGUUAUGCAAACCAGCAUUAGAGUCAAUCUCACUUUAGUGAUCAUCCUAGGUACUAUGUUUUAUGCCUUUUUAAUUUGUUUGCAUAUGCGUAUUUCUUUGCAUUUCUCUGGUAUCUAUUUCCUGCAUUUAAUUGUACACUAUGUUGUUGAUAUCAUAACCAGCGCUGGGGGAAAAAAGAAAUGGCAACUGUCAAAACAGUAGAACAAAUGCUUGACCUAAAUGUCUCCUCUGUGUAUAUUCACUAACUGCAGAUUAGUUUCUCUCCGGGGCUCCUGCAGCUUUAAUCAGUGUUUUCACCUCUGUGGAGAGAACUUUCACAAAGGACACAAUGGGUAUUUUUUUCCUCCUUACUUUGUUCCUCAGUCCCUUGGUGUCAUUUAAGGUUAAUGUCCUCUUGCAGGAAAUUGUACACCACUGUGGAUUUGACAGGCGUUAGUGUCAUACGGACGUUUAACCUGAUUCACCGUGGAUGCGGUGCGGUGAUCAUCAUGUUUACUUGAUUAGACUUUGAUAGGUCAGGUUGUCAUAUAGCUGUAUAAUAUUAGAACCUGUGUGAUUUAUUGGGGUGCUUAAAGCUGUACUCACUGACUGACUGGUGCUGUAAUCCAUCAGCUGUGGGGAGCAGAUGAUUCCUUUGCUGAUAUGGUUAGUCAAACUGAGGCCUUUGUCUUACAUAUUCUGCAGUUUUGAGAAGUGUUUCAUCACUAAACGCUGCUCUUGUCAAUGAGACAGCCUCCUUUGUUCCUUGUUCAAGAAUCCUGACCUUUGGUCAGGGAGGGCGUGUGCUCAGGGACUCUCUGAUCCUGUGUUAUAUGCAUCUCAGCCGGCCAUACAGUUGGCCUACUGAACUUGAAUUUCCUCAAUUUCUGCUUUGUGCCCAGUUCAGACAGAUUUGCUGCAAGGAAUGCCAUCGUUGUCUGUCAUUAAAACUGGAAUUGUUAUGCUUUUACUGCUUUCUGUGAUAUGAAUGGCUGUCGCAAUGGUCAUGACCAAAGAUUCAAACAGUGGUUUCAAAAUAUCUGCAAGUAAGCCCAAAAUCUCAGGCUCUGCUCUAAUUUCUCAAUUUCAGACAGAUCGUUCUACUCUAAAAAGAAGAGAAAAAAAAGAGGGAUAUACCUGGUAUGGUCACUUCAGGUACCAUACCAGGUCUCUCCGGCUAUGUUUAAACGUCGUGUUUGCAAAGGGCAGCCAAUCAGAAGAAAGUUGGUAAUUGAAGUUUGUACUACUUGUUUCAGACAAGAUAAAAUUAAGAGCUUCAUCAAAGCCCAGCAUAAGAUAGGUAAGGUUUACUCUGAACUGUGAAUCGUACAAAGCUAUCCUCAUCAAACAUAUUCAAUUAUAAAUGAGCAUAAUAGGUCCACAGGUGUUGGCAGGAUAAUGGUUAUUUAACUGUCAUUUUGCCUUUGUUUGGCUCCUCUGAUAGGAAAGGGAACAUUUGUCAUAAAACAGUUCAUCCGCCUCUUAAGCGUACUGAGGGGUGAUGAAAACAGGGAGGCACAUUAGCAUCAUGUUACAAUUUCGGCAGAAGAAAUCAUGUGACAACAGUAACAUUCACAAGGACAAUCUAGAUUUUUAUAAGAAUAUGCUGCUUUUCUUUACUUUGUAUAUUAAAUGGAUUAAUUUGGGGGUUCGACUCUGGGUCAGGCAAGAAAAAACAAAAAUACAAAAAACAUUUUAAAUAAGUUAACUGAGCUUUAGAAAAAUUAGUAAAAGCACCAUUAUCUUAAAUUUAGAUGGACCAAAUAUUUGAUCAAAUUGACUAAGAAAGUGUUUAGAACAAAAAAAACCUGUCAUUUCUUCAUACUUAUACCCUCAGGUUCUUAAAAAUAAAACAUCCUGGACUGGGAAUGUGCAGGGUUUCUUUCACAUAUGGUGCCAAUAUGACUCCAACUCUUCAUGCUCUUAUAAUACAUUGACUAAACACAGGUAACCAGAUCAAGUCAGGGGGGUAAGAUAGGCUUAGUCUGGCUAGAUUGGCACUGUAUUGUUCUAUGAUGUCUGUUAUGAGUGUUAGUGACUCUGUGGUUGAUCUCAGUGACAAAGACGUUUAGCACACCCGAAAUAUUAACUUUUUUCUUUUUCUAAUUAAACUUUGCCCUUUUUUAAAAGUCCUUUACAUUAUGUGGUACUGAUUGUUGUGGCACCAAAUGACUAUCUGAGCUGACUGUAAAUUGAUUACAUUUCCAGUACAUUUAUCUCUAUGGUGUUUUGCUCUGAUACACUGAUGACUGUAUGUGUCAAAUAAUGCUGAGUUUCAGGAUUUUCUGAGUGAUUUAUACUGUUGUCAAAUGGUGGUUUAUUGUAACUGUACUUUAAUGUUUGAUAUCAGUAUUAUAUUUUACACGCUCCUGUUGAGAAAGCAGAUUGAAUUCAGUAUGUUUAAAAGUAGAAGGCAGAAAAAAAACCCUACAGUGAGUCUGCAUGAGAAACAAAAAGCUGAUGUGUUUUUUUUAGCCCUAAUUGAAAAGUUUUAGUUAAUCCUUAUUGGCAACACUGUGAUAUUUAGCCAAAUCAUGACAAAAAAAUACAAAAAAAAAUCUUGUAUUCUCAAUAUGGUACUAUUGAUUGUCAGUCUGUUUUGCUGGUGUAUAUUGAUGAAAUAGGCUGAGUGACCUUUUUUUCUGUUGACAAAUCUAAGUCUCUCUUGUCCUCGCUGAUGCCUGAUGAUCACCUCAUUCUCAUCCUGUUCCCACCAGUCAUCCUCACAUGAGUGACUCAGGCUGAGGUCCUGCCAGUGCUGUCACAGUUAAAGUGAAAAAGGUGUCUUUGUUUUCCUUCACAAAGCAUCUGCGGUUGAGGACAAUGUGUGUUUUAUAUUGAUGUUGUCAGCAUGAGCUAAAGCCGCUCAGUCAUCAUUUAAUCAGCUGCUUAAAUGGAAAAAAGAGCUCCUGAGUAGGAUCUACACUGCAGGUGUAAACCCCAGUGCCAAGCACUGUAGUGAGCAACAGCUUCUUACGAGAGAUGCAUUGCUAAAUUUCCACAUGCACAGCAACUUCAACUUGCAGCACUGCAGGCAAAACGAAAUUUAGAAAGUUAUGUCAAUAUGAUGUUGACAUACUAAACCAUGUAGGCGUAUGAAUGUGUGACCUGUUCUUACCCAGAGUUUCUGGUUUCACCAAGAAUUUUGUAUAAAAGUAGAAAAAAAUGCUGAUGGGAUUAUUUUUAAUCAUUAAACCUCUUAAAUGAACUAUGUUUCCACGCCAAGGAUUUAAACCUCCCACACCUUGUCACCACCUCCAGAGCUGAGAAGUGAUUGCAGAGCUCGAGACUGCUCCAUCGGUGAAGUUUAAUUACUGGGUUUAAAGCCCACGAAACACAUUUCCUUAGUACAUUAAAUAUUCACGAAUAAAUAAGAAGCAAACAGUUCAGAAAAGAAACCUCCCUGAUUAUUCAGUUUUAAUCUGCUUCAUCCAAAAACAUUCAAUUUGCUGUCUGGUAAAAAUGCAUCUUCUUUUACAUGCUGAUAUAUUGUCAAUAUAUUGCGUCAAACAUUGACUUGGGGCUCACUGUAAUCUCUAAUCAGAGGAGGCAUUACUUUUAAGCACAUUUGGCUCAUGAUGCUUUUUUUAAAUCAACAUCUUUUAAGAAAUGCAUCAUUAUAUAAAUGUCUUAUUAUAUUUUAAUGUUGGUUCUAAAAGCAGUGUCUUUAUGGUCCAAGUCUGAACUACGAUAAAGGGCACCGUAGGAAAAAUCUGCCCUGUAGAUUUGUUUCUACUGGCUUUACAUGCUGUAUUAAAAUGUGCAAAAUUUCUGUUCUAUUCUAUAACCAUUUAUUCCCAGCAGGGUUCAAAUGAGGUGCCAGAAGUUUAAAAAGAGCAACUAUAUGGUGUAGCCUGUGUUACUCAGAUUUUGUUAAAGAAAAAAAAAGUUGCAAAGGAAUAAAGGAGCACAAUAUUUUACAUUUAGCUCAUGAUCAUGCAUAAUCAUGUCUGUCUGUCCGUCUGUCUGCUGAGGUCACUGCCGAUAUCUGCUUCUCUCCCACAGUUUACUUCAGGUCAACACUAGAUAGUUUUAAAAGUGUUCUCAGAGAGCUGUCAUGGAUCACUGCUGUAUAAAAAGGUUUUGUUUCUAUGCUCUCUCUAGAGACCAUGUUGGUGCAACUAUAAAUUGUAAUCUGCAUACAUAUCCACAUAUAGUGUAUAUACUGUAUGUGUGUAUGUAUAUGCUUUAAAGGAAAAAUAGACCAUUUUUAGUGGUUUGUAUUGUUUUAGGGUUCAUUGUGCAACACUGAUAGGAGAAAAAAAAACAAUA